AUGUUUAAAUUCUACAGUUUAUUUUUUCUUCUGCUAAUCUCAAUAGGCACUGAAACACAAGGAUAUAAAAUCUUAUGUUUUUGUCCUCAAUUCGGCGGUAGUCACAUAGCUUUUAUUUCCCACAUUGCUGAUAUUCUUGUUGAUGCAGGACAUGACGUGGUAAUGCAUCUUUCUUCCAAAUUUGCUGAAUUGUUCGUUAAAACCUGUGGACAACUUAAUGCUCAAAAGGAGCUGCUGAAACGGUUAAAAGCCGAAAAGUACGACUUAGCAAUAGCUGAAGUUUUCGACGCCUGUUCUUGGAAAUCUGCAAUAGCGAAUAGAACCAAAUUGAUUUUGGUUUCAUUUGGUUCAAUGGUAAACAGCAGUGACAUGCCACAAGAAAUGAAAGAUAAUGUACUGAAAACGUUCGCACAAUUCCCAGAGAUAUUGUUCAUUUGGAAGUAUGAAUCUGACGAUCUCGACAUAAACAACUAUAAAAAUGUUAUUCUCAGCAAGUGGACCCCUCAGAAUGACUUAUUAAACGAUCCACGAAUGAUCGCGUUUGUAACACACGGCGGUUUGAACAGCGUUAUUGAAUCGCUAAGCAGAGGCGUACCAAUGAUAACGGUUCCAUUGUUUGCUGAACAGAAGCAUAACGCAGCCAUGGUAAGACGAGCCCACGUUGGGAUAACAAUUUCGGCUGAUCACUUAGCUAAUUCUGAAAAGUUCGUGGCGUCGUUGUCAACAAUUCUUAACGAUAUCAGUUACGCUGCGAAUGCCAAAAGGAUGUCAAGGAUGAUCGCUAAGAAACCAAUGAAACCUAGAGAAACGUUGAUAAAAUACGCCGAAUUUGCUGCAGAAUUCGGAAAUUUGCCUCAUUUAGAUCCUGUUGGUCGAAAAAUGCCAUUUUAUAAAUUGUAUCUGUUAGAUAUAAUUAUUCCUUUACUUCUUCUAAUUAUGCUACUCUUCGCAGCAGUUUUAUUUGCAAUAUACAAAAUUGUUAUUGUUACUCUAAGGCAUAUUACUGUUACUAAAAAUAAAACUGAAUAA